AUGAGCUUUUCCCAGGACAGCGAUAGCUCGCCUUCCUCCACCGCUGGUUUAGAGAAGUUGAAUCCUCAGGAGAACUCAUCGUCCGAUGCUGACAGCAAGAAGGAUAAUCCAGUUCUCAAGCCCACCGGUUCAAAUCCAGCAGACUUUCCUGAUGGUGGUAUGCGAGCGUGGACAGUUGUGGCAGGAUCCUGGUGCUGCAUGUUCGCAUCAAUGGGCUGGAUUAAUUGUAUUGGAGUCUUCCAAGACUACUAUGAACGUGACCAGCUCGCUUCGUACUCCGCUUCCACAGUCGCAUGGAUCAGCUCUACAGAAACCUUUAUGAUGUUCCUUGGCGCCCCCAUCUUUGGCAAGGUUUUCGAUAACUUCGGCCCUCGAUACAUGCUCUUGGGUGGCACAAUCUGCCACGUUCUGGGUCUGAUGAUGACCAGUCUGGCUUCUGAGUACUAUCAAUUUUUCCUGGCCCAGUCAAUACUCAGUGCCUUGGGUGCCAGCUCUAUCUUCUAUGGUUGCCUCAACCCAAUUGGAAGCUGGUUUAUGAAGAACCGCGCCUUUGCCUUUGGCAUCAUCUCUGCGGGAGCAUCCCUAGCGGGUGUCAUACUUCCCAUCAUGAUUGACCGACUUAUUCCGACUGUUGGAUUUGCCUGGUCCAUGCGCGCAGUGGCAUUCAUGUUCCUGGGUCUGCUUAUUAUUGGAAACUUGACUAUCCGGUCUCGUCUGCCUCCAAAGCCUACCCCGAUUGCCGCAAGCCAAUUUAUAGUCCCAUUCAAGGAGCCUCCCUUUCUCUUCGUUGCACUUGGAAGCUUCUUUUUCUUCUGGGGAGUUUUCCUGCCGACCAAUUUCAUCAUUCUGCAGGCGCAGCACGAUGGCAUGUCUCUGGAUCUCUCUGGUUAUCUCCUGGCCAUAUUGAACGCUGGCAGUGUCAUCGGUCGCAUUCUUCCCGGAUGGCUUGGAGACCGUCUCGGACGUUUCAAUGUCAUGAUUGUCACCACCUAUCUCACUAGUAUCAUUGUACUAGCACUUUGGAUUCCCGGCCACGGUAAUGCUCCUACAAUCGUCUUCUCGGCUUUGUUUGGAUUCACCAGUGGCACAUUCGUGAGCAUGAUUCCUGCUAUUGUGGCUCAGGUGACAAAGGAUAUCCGGACUAUUGGUGUCCGUAACGGCUCGAACUUCUUCAUCAUCAGUAUCGCAGCCCUUACUGGAAAUCCAAUUGCUGGAGCCCUGGUCGCACAUGACGGAGGUGACUACUUGUACUUGCAAAUAUUCUGUGGACUUACAAUGUUCCUGGGUGCUACGUUCUUCCUCGUGGCUCGCGUGGUGCAGGUCGGCUGGAUCUGGAAGCGGAUUUAA